UUAAAUUUUAACAGCACGCGAACUUCCAUAGUCAUCUUAAUAGCACAGUGUGUUAAUAGUAUCUCGUUGGUGGCUCCAAGAAUACGACUGACGUCGGUUGGCGUCAGGAUGUAUCGUAUGAAUCAGAAUAGUCAACAAAGAAAUGUAGACGGACUUCGUCAGAAUUGUCAGAAUGGAAGACAAGCCGGCUCUGUGAAUCAAAUGCCGAUGACGAUCUCGGAACAAUUCAAGCAAUCGUGGCUGACAGCGAUAAUUGGGUCCAUCAUGUUUGCCACUGGAAUGUGUCUACUAUUUUGGAAUGAGGGAAGAGCCGUAAAAAUAGCGCAUUCCUUGGAUGAAGCUUUACACAAUGUUAUCGUGCUUCCUAAUUCAAUGAUGCUAUCGUCUGAAUAUGAGGGCCGCUUGAUACAUCUAUCGGGUCCCUUACUAGUCUCCGAACCGUUAACAGAACCAGAUUAUGGAAUUAUCAUAUCAAGCGUGAAGCUGAAGAGGAGGGUUCAGAUGUACCAAUGGGUUGAAAUCGAGGAAGAACCAAGUUUUGGCGAAAUAACAGAGGGCGAGAAACACUAUUAUUACACGACAGAAUGGAAGGACAAACUCGUGGAUUCGGAUCACUUUUACAUUCGUACAGGCCAUCACAAUCCCAAGGAAAUACCAAUCAAGAGCCAAGUGCAGAUUGCAGACGAAGUGAAGAUUGGCGCUUAUACGCUUGGCAUGGAAUUGAAAAAAAAAUUCAACGAUUUUGUAGAGAUCACUAGUGAUGAGAGACCAGAGCGAAAGAACAUUAAAAUGCAUUCUGGAUUGUAUUACCACAGCGCAGAUUUGUGGAAUCCUCAAGUGGGAGAUAUUAGAAUACAAUUUUCCUACGCGGGAAAAAACGGCAAUGUUUACUCGGUAAUUGGCUUAUUGGAAAAAGAUACCAUCAAACCAUAUUACACAUCUCAUGGUGAAGAAAUUUUGCUUCAACGAAAGCAUAAAAUGUCAGUGGAUCAGAUGUUCCAUUUGGAACAUGUGCAUAAUUAUUGGCGAACCUGGACUGUCAGAGGGCUCGGAUGGUUGGUCUUGUUUGUGGCAGCAACGUGCUUAGCAAAUAUAUUAAAAACAAUUAUACUAAACUCGACAUUCCUUUGCGGUAUAAUAGCAGUCGAGUCUCUGACUAUGUCAGUCUCUAUGUCUAUCAGUUUAUUAGUGAUUGGUUUCGCUUGGGUAUGGUAUCGACCAGUCAUUGGUCUCUGUUUAGCACUAGCCUCUAUUUUGCCAUUUAUUUAUUCGACACUGACAUCGGGAUCUUCAUCUCAGCAACGUGAUAAUUACAGGAGGUUAUAGAUUAUAUAUAUUAAGUUGCUUUAAAAGCGAUUUAUCUUAAGGUGCAUUAAAUUAUUAAUUUAAUCAA